ACAUGAAAAAAGAGAAAAGAAUGAGACGUGAGCAGGAGGGGUAAAAGCACCCAAGCUCUUAAUGUGUAGUCGAGAGAGCAGGAGCAGAGCGUAGAGAGUGGGAGGGAGAGGAAGAGGGGGUGACUUGCAGGAUCUUGUGGAGUGUAACUGCUGCUUCAGUGCUGUCAUUUACAGCCAGUGCCAGACUGCAGUGGAGUGUUUUGGCCAUGCUGUGUACAGCACGGAGGAACAAUGUGCGUGAGCUUGCAGUGCUGAUCCUGGGCCUGCUCCCUCUGGCUCACAUUCUCACAGCUUCAGAGGUGCUCGAGUGUGAGGAGAGCUUCUACAGAAACACCCCCCCACAGCGGGUCACUGAGUCGGGCUUGGAGAGGAGAUGCCACAGCCUGGGAGCCGGGCGCACAUUUGUUUCACUCUAUCACCCUGGACACCAGUCUAAUGUCUACACGGCUCUGCACCUAGGCCAGCACAAUGCAUGGGGCAAAGGAACAACCGAGGAAUUGGAUGAACCAAGUGAGACAGAAGUCCUCGGAGAAGAGUCCCAUGUACACGUUCCAGCUUUGUACAAGAAGGACCAGGAUGUCGCUUCAUCACCCUCAGCUUCCCCUUUCCACAAACUGGAUGCUCUUACUGCAGAGCUGGUAAAGAGCAGGACCGUACCACAGUGCUCUAAGGCAGGGGGGGGCGUGUACGUUCAGAGCGGUGUAGGUGGGCUGAGUGAGACGAAGGCAGAUGUGCUGUGGUCGGCAGUGUGCUGCGAUGUUCCUGACGGACUCGGCAGCUUCAGUAUGGGAGUGGUCCAGGAGGGUGAAGGGGAGCUGAAGCUGAUGAGCGUGAAGGCGCUGGAGGAACUAGUGGACAUUAAGGAGCUUUUCUCAGGUGGGUGUGGAGAGACAGGAAGUCUGGGAGAAGAGCCACUGGAAAUCACUGAAGUUCCUGAAAAAGACACAGCUGAGACGGACAAAAGCAGUGACAAGGACGAGGUGCCCAGCACGACAGCAGAUAGAAUUGAGUCUGAACCCAGCCUAGAAGAAAGCAUUAAUGAAACAGAAAGCUCUGAGUCUCAACAGGACAGUGUUAUCCUCUAUGUCCUGUCCUCUGCCAUCUCUCUCCUGUGCGCUCCUCUCUCUCCAGUUGUCUCCACCCUCACAAACCUCCCCUCUCAAAUCUGUUAUGUCUUGCAAGAGGACGCAACCGUACUGGCAUCGCUGCCCAGCGACAGCUUCAGUUUGGUUCAGAACCUGGGUUCUGGUGUAGUCUCGGGUGUUGAGAAUGUAGGCAGCGUCGCAUACCAAGUGGGUGAGCAUAGUGUGUGCUCACUCUACACAUUUAUAAGCACAAUAGCGGGUACCCUCAUGCUUUCAUGCCAGGAGGGACUGGUAGGUGCAGGAACACUAAUUGGUGACGCUCUGGGGCUGGUGACCGGUGCACUGGGUGAGGUCUGGGACUUUGGGACAGAGGUAGUAGAGUGCAUGUGGCAAGGGCUUAGUGGGUACGUGGGUGCAGUGGGUGCAGAGGUGGGCGAACAGGGCUGGUCAGUAGGUCAAGGGAUGGGCACACUGGUCUGGAGGGGACAGAGGGGAGUUGGGCAUGUGAUUAAUACGGUGGUGAGCAUCAUUGGGGGAGUGUUGGGAAACACGAUGGAAAACAUACAGGAAGCUUUCAGUGGGGAGUAAGAGAACAGGAGGUAGUUUUUUGUGCAUGAGUGCAUGGAUCUAGCGCAAGUUUAUUUAUACUGCGUUACAUCAUUGUCAGUGUCUUGCUGCUAAAAUGCAAUCUGCACAAAACUGUUUAUGUGGAUUGGAAUUAUUUAUGAUGCACAAUUCAUCUCUUAAAUCAAAAGAUUGGGGACUGACAUGAAGAUCUUGUAUGGAUCUGAGGGCUUAGUGAUUCAUCUUUUACACUCUUUGUGAAGUUGGUGUAAGUUUGGUGCAUUCAGCUGACUGUCAAAAGUGGAAGGGUUAGUAAUUACAGAAUGGAAAGUAUGAUGCUAAUGUUUGUGAUGUAAAUUGAAAUGUGAGUGGUAUCAUAGAGACCAUGAUGUGAACUCUUAUACAGUACAAUACAAUGCAGUUCAGUCUCAUCCCCAUUAAUAAUCUUUCCAGCUUUGCCUUGGUGAAAUAUUUGCACAAAUGUCCCUAGUUGUUAAACAGAAUAUCAGAAAGUUGUAUCUGUAGCAAUAAAAACCUGGUGUUCAAUGUCAGUCAAGUGUUUGUGCCUAGUCAUCUCCACAGUGAAACUGAGAUACGUAUGCACCAAAUCCAACCUGAGUGAUGUCUAAAUAAAGGACUGUUUCAGGGGUU